GACAUCGGGAGCUGCUCUCCGUGGGGACCGCGGUGCUGAGACCGCCCGGCUCAUCGCACCUGCGAGCAGGCACCGAGGUGCAGAGCUCAGCAUCGCUCAGCGGAUUUCCAGCGCGGAACCACGGAGCUGCAAACCCGUAGCCCGUCGGGUAUUGCCCGUAGAGCCAUACAUCUCUGCACAGGGUGUAAACUGGGGGUAGCUGGGACUCUGCAGCAGUAGCGGUGGGAGUUUGGGGCUGAGCGUGGCUGAGGGACGGAGCCCAAAGCCCGGUGUUACGUUUGGGUUUUAUUUUCGCUUGUAGUUUUGUGACCAACCCGCCCACCGGCGAACUUGAUCCUACUUUUCCUCCUGGCGUACUGAGGCUGGGAUGGGGCUUUGCUCCUCUGCUAGGAGGGAAAGGAGGAGGAUGGGGUGUGGGGACAAGCCGGGCUCGGUGCUGGAGAAGAGGGCAGCGAGGGCUCAGCCCCCACCUGGGGGCACAGCCGAUGACUUCGGGGGACUGCAUCUUCCUCUGGAGGGGGGUCUGUAAUGCCUCCUGGGUUUACCCGUGGUGCACGUAGGGUUUUGUGCAAGCAGCUUCUGGCUUCGGGUGGUCAUGAGGGCAAGAGAGGUGUCAGCCCCUCUAAGGUGGGGGAGAUGUUCCCCCCUCCCGCAGGACAACGCAUUGCCGGGUGUUUCCUUGCUUUGUCACCCCAAGCAGCCGUCCCGUGCCCAUCAUGGGUGCCGGGAGCCCGAUAAGAAGCUGGGAUAGCACAAAAGGCUGAACGUCCCCUCCCGAGCUCUCCCUGCCCCUUUGCUUCCAUGCCCAGGAGGGGCCGAUGGGGAAAUCCCAUCCAGUCGGACCCUGUGGUUCUGAGGGAUGCCUCGAAAACGUGCCGGAGCUGCUGCCUGUCCCGUCAGCCCGUUAGGAGAUGGGAUUUGGGGAGAAACGCUUUGAAAGGGAUGGGGUUAUUUUUAAAAAGGGAUGCUUGCCGUUUGGAGCAACUCAUUCCUGAAAACUCCUCCAUUGAUUUUCCCAUUUAAAAAAGGCCAGAAAACACUGAAAGGAAUGAAACUUGUCAGGCAAGGUGGUUAUCCAGCAGGUAGAAAGAAGCGGUUUGGGGUAAGCCCCGUGAGGCUGCAGUGUCCUUGGCUCAGCCCACACGUGACACGAACUGAGCCCAUUCUCAGCCCAACCCUCAGGGCUGUUCCGGAGUCUGGGCUGAGCAGAUUCCAUACGGCUCUUACCUAAAACAUCUUUUCCCUUUGCUCUUCAUUAGUUCUCUCUGUGCGUUGUAGGCUGUCCUGCUAGCGGGGAGGGUCUGCCAUGGACAGCGGGCACACGGGCAGAUACCGGCUGAGCGGUGAGUGCGGUGCGAGCCGCAGAGCUGGGGGGUGCGUGCGUGCGUGAGCGCGGAGUUUGAUUUCCUGAUAUCAGCUUUGCCUUUAGAUCCCAAACUUUGCAGUGUUAAGCAAACACCUCAAAGGUGGGCAGGUACAAGUUCCAGCGCACCGGGCUUUGUGCCUGGAGUUAUCCAUAAGCAAGAAGUCGGACGGGGUUCUUUGGCCCCGAUUCGGGUACGAGCGGCUGUUCCCUUCUGGCUCAGCUUUCCUGCUGAAGUGGCUCUGGGGGAUAAAGCUGCAAUGGGAUGCGGGCGCAGCCCGGCUCCGUCCGGCCCUGAAAGCAGGAGCACCACGGCGUGACGCAGGAGGCAGCGCUGCGGAGUCCCCGGCAGCUCCGCGAUCGCAAAUCUCCUUUUGUUCUCCUUUUGCAUUCACCCCUCCUCCUCCUCCUUUCCUUCUCGUUAAGCCGAGCCAUCCGUGUGGCUUUAAUCGCUCGGGUGAUGGAGGCUGCUGCAAUGCAGCAACAGCUGCUCGUGGGGCUUCCGCGUCCUGCUUUGCAGCCUUGAGCUGGGCUUUUUCCUCUGUGUAUCAACCCAUCGGACCUUGUUGGGUUCCCCCCCCCGUUUCCAAAAGCUUUUUUCCCCUCUUUUUCUAUUUCUGGCUCUUCCGGCAUCCCAGGCAGCAGUCAGGGUUCCCCUAUGGCACCAAUUGGAAUGCUGAGCGCACCUGAGCGGGACGGACCCGCACGCUGGGGACAGCGCAGGGAGUCCCGGUGCCGUGGGGAGCAGGCUGGCGUAGGCACACCUCACCUCCCGGGGCCAAAAUCUCCAAUUUCGUGCUUGCCAUUUGCUGCUGAGCACCAUUCAUAACGUGCCGAGCCGCCGCCAGUCCUCCGCGCUGGGAGAUCGGCAUCUACGCGGCGGGAGCGCUGGCGCUGCUGGGCAUCGCGGCCGUCAACCUGUGGAAGCUCUGGCGUUCUGGCAGCUACCCCGCUCCGUCUCCGUUCCCCAACUAUGACUACCGCUACCUGGAGCAAAAGUACGGGACAGCGUAUUCAGACAUCAAGCAGAAGCAGCGUGGGGCAGCGGCAGGCUCAAAGCCGUUGCCCAGCCGCAAAGCCAGCCUGCGAGGUGCUGACACCUGCGAGAGCAUCAAUGAGCUGGGCAGCCUGGAGCUGAUGAGCAGGGACCUGGGGCUGGCCCCUUACGGCCCCCUGAAGAAAUCCGUCUCGGCCGACUCGCUCAACUCCGUCUCAUCCAUUGGGAACAACUUCGGGCAGGAUUUCACUGUGGGGCAGGUGGAGGUGUCCAUGGAGUACGACGGGAAGGCGGCCGCCCUGCACGUCACCCUGCUGCAGGGCAAGGACCUGCUGGAGAAGGAGGACGCUCGCUUCGAGUCCUGCUUCAUGCGCAUCAGCCUGCUGCCGGCCGAGCAGAUCGUUGGCAUCUCCCGGAUCCAGCGCAGUGCCUAUGCCGUGGCCUUCGAUGAGCGCUUCUCCAUCCCGCUGGACCCCGCGGCGCUGGAGGAGGACAGCCUGCGCUUCUCUGUCUUUGGCAUCGACGAGGACGAGAGGAACGUCAGCACCGGUGUGGCGGAGCUCAAGCUCUCUGACCUGGACCUGACUGUGCGUCCCUUCAACGCUUGGCUCUACCUGCAGGACAUGAACAAGACAGUCGACACGGUGGGGGAGAUCCUGCUCUCCCUCAGCUACCUGCCCACGGCUGAGCGGCUGACGGUGGUGGUGGUCAAAGCCAAAAACCUCGUCUGGAGCAACGGCAAGGGGACUGCAGAUCCCUUUGUCAAAGUCUACCUGCUGCAGGAUGGGAGGAAGAUCAGCAAGAAGAAGACGGCAGUGAAGAGGGAUGACACUAACCCUGUAUUCAACGAGGCCAUGAUCUUCUCGGUGCCGGCCAUUGUGCUCCAGGACCUGUCCCUGCGGGUGACGGUGGCUGAAUGCGGUGAGGACGGCCGCGCCGACAACACGGGCCAUGUCCUGAUCGGCCCAGCAGCCAGUGGCAUGGGCAUCACCCACUGGAACCAGAUGCUGGCCACGCUGAGGAAGCCCGUGUCCAUGUGGCACCCGCUGCGGAGGAAUUAGGCUGCUGGCGGGGCACCCUGCACGCCCCAGGACCCUGUGCCCCAACACCAGCUCUGCCCUGGCAACAGUGGCCAAGUGCCGUGUCUGGAGGUGAAAAGGCAGAGGUGGCUGGAGCAUCCCGCUACCAAAAGCCUCCACUGGUAGGAGGAGGAUGGAGAAAAUUCCGUCCAGCCUCUCCCCAUCCGCAUGCGCUGGGGGCUGCUGAGGGACCCGCCGAGGAUGGACCAAAACCGGCAAAAUCCUCCCCAAACUGCUGCCUGGGUGCCAGCUGGGCUCCUCAGCAUCCUGCAUGCCCUCUGCUGGGCCCCCAAAACCAACGGUGACCCCAGAUGUGGCCUCUGGGGGGACACGGGGUUCUUUGGAAGGGUUUUUGGGCAAGUGAGGGGAAAACGGAGAGGGGGGUGAUAAAGUGCCGGCACGGUGCAGUUUCUCUCA